AUGGAAUCCAAUCCAGAAGUUAUGAACUCCUUCUUCCGAAAAGUUGGAGUCAAACCUCACAUGAAUGUCGUUGAUGUUCUUGGGUUUGACGAUGAACUCUUGCAGAUGGUGGAGGGUAAAGUUGAGGGUUUGUUAUUGUGUUACCCCAUUAAAGAAGGCACUAACCUCAAAGUCGAUGAGGAUGCUAAGAGUAGACUUUACUUCAUGCGUCAGACUAUUCGCAAUGCAUGUGCUACUAUGGCUCUCAUACACCUGCUGGCGAAUCAAUGCACCGAUGAUGACUUUGAAUCGAAUUCGUCCAUGAAAGAGUUCAUUAGAGAAUCUAAACAGCUCGAACCAGAAGUUAAAGCAAAUAAGUUUGAAUCGUGUGAAACAAUAGCUACUGCUCAUGAGAAGGCGAGUGUGGAAGGUCAAACAGAAGCACCUGCUGCUUCUGAAUCAGUGGAGUACCAUUUUAUCAGUAUCAUACACAACAAUAACACAAUCUAUGAGAUGGACGGGCGUAAACAAGGUCCAAUCAAUCACGGCCCCCACUAA